UCUGAAUCCAUAAUUCAGGUAAUUGACUAGAUGCUUGCUGAAAAUAAUUUAAAUUUGAAAUUUUUUGCUGUAUUAUUAUUUUCAAAGGUCAGUUAUGGAAGGUAAAUCAUAUCAAGUUACAGUUAAUCUCAAAAAAACAAGAAGUGCGCCACAAACUGCCCACAAGUCUCUGUUUGGGACAUCAAAUACUCGCCAGAAGUUGCUGCUGAAGGAUGGUUAUGGCUGCAGCAUCCUCACUCCCUCGGAGAAUCUAUGGCGUGAGCAACAUCUCUCACUAUCAGCUGGAAAAGUUGCUAAGAAGCUAAAAUCACCAUCUCUGUUGAGCCAUCAAAAUACAGAUAAAACAGAUGGGGAAGGAUGCAUUUCAUUUUGGGAGUAUCAGCCAUGGCAGUCAAGCACACAACGUUCAUGUACUCUCCUUCCUGGCCCUCGAUGCCACCAGCUUGUUUCCCUCACUAAUAUCAUUGACUCGAGGCUUGUUGAUCCUGCCUGCGUUCCACCUCUACCAACUGCUGAUGCUAUUGCUGAGUUUCAAGAUUCUGACCCUGAAAGCAAAGCAAUCCAAGAUCAUGCUCCUAAGACAAAGACUCGUCAGGAAAUCAAAUCGAAGGGCAGGAGGAAGAAAAAGGCAACACAAGUUGCUGGUGAUGACGCCAGGAUGAGUCGUCAGCGGAGUAUCAUGGAACACUUCAAUGAUAUGAAGAAUAGUCAGGACAAAAUGUGUGGUGUUGUCAGUGAUUGUUUUCAGGCUGAAAAUCAACGGGAUAAUAAAUUUGAUGGAGGACACAGAGACACACUUGUUCAUGAGAGCAGUGUUAAUACCAAUGAGCAGCAAGAAGUUUUCAUUAUUGAUUCACCAUCCACGAGUGAUGAUGAAUGUGAUGAUAGUGGCAAUCAAAAUUAUUUUAUUGGUCUCUGGUCAGACAAUGAAAGUCUUCUAACUCCUCCUCAUAUUGAUAAUACAUUGGACUAUGAAAGUAUUUCUUCAAACUCACUCCAGUAUCUGGAGAAAUUGGAUAUGAAACAUAUGCAGUCAAUGGAAAAACUUGCAUCCUUCAUUUCUGCAAAUAAUGAUAUAAGAUCACUUACAAAUUUAUUCCCUAAGUUGAGGGACAAAGGCAACGAAUUGAGAAAUGAUAAUAUUUAUGUAGAAAAAGCCAAAAAUGUAAACUCCUGCACAAACUUGUCACCAAGUAUUUCACCUAAUGCAAAUCGAUUGACAAAAUCAUUGCGCGUCUCAGUCGCAAAUAUUGAUUCAAACAAAGAAUUUCUUGCUCAAACUCGAGUACAAGAGCCAACAGACGCCACUCCAAAAAUUAAACAGUUGCGUCCUCCAGGAUUAGCAUCAUCAACUCCUCUAGUUGAAAAUUCUCGCAAGAUCUCUACUACCAGUGGCUUUGGGCUUCAAAAAAGUUUAUUGGCUGACGCAGAAUUUCAACCGAAUCGCUUGGCACCUGAUUGUCCUUUGAGCUCUAUCAAAAAAUCUCUAUUUAGUAAUAAUUCAGAAGCAUAUCAAGCUAAUGAUUCUACUUCACCGGUUUUCUCGUCAUCCAGACCGAGAAAAUUGACCAAGUUCCGCAAGUCUGCCAAAUGCCUUUUCUCUGACGGCCUCAGUGUGAUCCAUUCAGGCGACGAAGAUACAUCAGAACAUGGAGUGAGUGAUAGCCUUCCAGAUAACAGAUCAACGACUGACAACCACAACAAGAAUAGUCACUUGCUUUUCCCAUCUGAGUUAUCAGAGAAAUCAAAACCAGAAUUGAAAAAUCAUAAGGAUUCCAAAUUAUUAAAACCUUAUUCAUCGAAAAAGGAAAUUAGUAACGUCAGUAAAGUCGUCUCCACUGCCAGUGUACGUUACGCCGUUGAUCUAAAUAAUGAAAAGGUGACGCCUGUGAGAAAUUUUUGUUACUCGCCACCUAUUCAUGAUCACUUUAAAGAUGCGCAGAGAAUAGACGCGCAUAAAUCUCCACUGACCUGGAAGGUUCCAAAAAAUAAUGUCGCCACUCCAGACCGAGUUAAGUUAUCUGCGUCAAAUCAAUCUUGCGGUAAAUCUCAAGGAAAAUGUCUCAAUUCGUCCACUUCUUCUGUGUCCCAUGCAGUUCCUUUCGUCAAGUUUGAUCUAGGAAUCGCAGAUUUACUAGCGGAUUCGGACGUUUCUGCUAUUGGAUGUGAGAACGACGUCCCUCUCCAGAGAAACUGCAAUUUUCUAUCAAAUUCCUCCAAUAAUUUUGAUUGUGCAAGGUCCUUCAGCCGCUCAGAUGCUGUGACUUCGAAGUACUCCGAAUUUUUUGACGAAGAAGUUGAUUCUAUGUUUAAUCAGACGGCUGUCUCAUCGAUACGAUCCGUGGACAAAGAAGCUAGGCACGUUGAUGGGCAUACAAGGAACAUUGUCAACUCUUCUCGUGUACGCGUGUGUAAGAGCGGUGAAACACGAUCUAAAAUCAUGACAACGUCUGAUUUCCGGUUGCGGAAGGAACCUCUUUCUCCCCGCUCAUGUAAUUCUACCACAGACCUCUUGAGCAUGACCCAAGCUGCCAAUUUGAUCAAUGAGAGCAGUGUAGCUUCUCUUCCGGAAUGUUCUCCGCAUCGAAAAAAUAUGGAACAAAAAGGUGCCAACAACGACUCCGAAAUUCAGUUAGUUUCAGAAAUAACUACCGUGAGUCGUGGAUGUGAUGCAUCGUACACUGAGGAUAAGAUGACUGUCACUGAUGAGAAUCAGGGAAAGGUUGGCUGUUCAGACGUGCUCACGAAAUUUGAUGAAGAGACCUUACGAAAAAAUAGCGAAAGAAUAAAAAAUGUCGAAAAUAUUCUAGCGGGUCGUACUCAAGCCUCUUCUUUGAAAUCAACCGGUAAAAGUACCGCGAACUCAAGUUAUUCAUGUGUUAGUCCUAAAGCUAGUAAUUUAAAUAUGAACCUGUCAUUUGAUAUAUUUGAUGAUGAAGAAGAGCCAUCAUUUCAUGAGACAGAAGUUCGCUUUGCACCUGAAACGUUAUUUAAUUCUGAACGCACGCUGAAAUCGUCCAGAUGGUCUAGGUUAAAUAACAGAAAACACAAUGAACGUAUCGAGAAUGAAGUUUCGGAGCUCCCAGAAUGGCAAGUUCAAGACUUUUCUCUAGAAGGAGUAGCAACUGCGAUAGCAUCUACUUCCAAACAUGUUAGCUUCUCUCGGAUAAAGACCAGAGAUGAAAACGUGUCUCCAUUAAAAAAUAUGAAAUCUUCAAUCAAUCAAGAAAUUGAGAGCCAAACAAAGGCUCCUUCAACGAAUAAACUAGAUGUUUUGGAAGCUCCAGACGAUGACAUGUUAACCGAUGGUGUCGCUUUGGAAAGCAGGAGUCCAGUAUUAUCUCAUGGCCCACGGUCAUCUAAUACACAGAGGAAGUCUGGUAAAAUAUUGCCUAAUGCCAGGAGAAAACUAGCUUUAAGAAGAUCUGCUCCUUCAUCUGAUAGCAUCGAAAUGAAUUUGAUACCUGCCAGUAACACGAGUGAAAUAUCUCACACUAUUGAAACUCAUGAUAUUGAAUUAAGCGAUUAUUCAAGAAAUGAGGUACGACCAGUGCUUCAUGAAAAUGAAAAAAGGAAACAAUCACCAGCAUCUGCAAACGAAUGUUCCAUGGUUAAAAGAAUUAAUUUAUCUGGAAUGAAUGAUGAGCAAAAAACUUCUAUUAAUAAACCUAUAUCUUCCGAGGCUGCGAUCACUUCCGUGAAAAAAGUAACGCGGGUUACUUUUGAUCUAACACUGCAUGAAGACGUACCAGAUGUGUCACUGCUGCAGGUUCGCCGGGCUCGCUCUACCAGGCCUGGCAAUAUCAUCGACUCGGACUCUUCCACUGACAAUGUUUCAACUUCACCCGGCCAAGAUCGCCGGAAAACGAACUCUUCCUCGUCGCGCAGUAACGAUUCUUCUGUCACUGAAACAUCGUCUAUGUCUCUCCUUGACAAAGACCACUCAGCGGUCUCAAAGUCUUCUUGCGCCAGCGACGGAAGCGAUGAGUUCGAUUUUUGUGCUCGAGCUCCUCCAAGGCGUUUUGGUGUGAAGCAGGAGAAACAAGAAAUUGGAGUGCAGAAAAAGCUGAAAGCGAAGCGUCGACCUCUCAUCUUCGUGAACACCGAGGCAGAUGUGUCCCGAGACAGCCAUGUGGUCGUCAGCAGCGAUGAGGAUGAAGAGGCGGUCGACGAAUCUGCGUACGACAAAAGUUUCGUUGAUGACGAUAUCCAGUGCAGUCAGGUCGCUGGUACCGACAUGCGUGCGGUAUAUCUUCGUUCCGUUCGAAGCCCUGCCGUCAAAUCCAAACGAAAAUUGGAUCCACGCGGUGAAUUACGCUUGUCUAGAUCCGCAGUAUGCAGUCAGCCUUAUGCAUAUGAUGACGGUGAUGACGACAGCUAUGCCGAAGAGGACGACACUUUCGUUGUCCCGAACGAUUGCGUGGAGUACGAAACGCAAUUGCUGGGUGGUGAUGUUGAAGACUCGUUGAUGGUGCCACGCCCUUUAGGGAAGAAUAAUGCUAAGAAUAGAAAAAGGAUUAUUGCUUUGAAUUCUUCGUCCAGCGAUGAAAAUUCGUAAAAUACAAGCUUGAAAUUAUCUCAAAUUGCGAUUCUGGAACAUUCAUCGGUUGCUGUAGUAUUUUGCCUAUCAGCAAUGCAGAAUAAACACCAGUUUAGUUCAUCUAUUCAUAUUACUCCGUUAGAGUUAAUCUUUUAUACGAAAAAUCUUACAGUCCCUCUCAAAUGAUCUCGACGAUUGCUCUAUAUUAGCAACGUUUUCUGUAGGUUAGAGCAUCGCGUUUUUAUUUACGUUCGUUGUCACGUUUAUCUGAAGAACAGGUAAAUUCUCUAUGAUCGAAUAUUUGUUGCUUGAAAUUAUUUUCUGAUUCUUAGCUUCUAAAGUGAACUGAUUUACGUUUAUUGAAGUGUUGAGUGACGUGAUCUAUGUUGAGUGAAGUGAUCUAUGUUGAGUGAAGUGAUCUAUGUUGAGUGAAGUGAUCUAUGUUGAGUGAAGUGAUCUAUGUUGAGUGAAGUGAUCUACGUUGAGUGAAGUGAUUUACUUCGAAUCUUAGAAGUGAUUUA